UAAUUCCUACACUAACAGAAUUUGUUCAUAGGAUGUUAUUUCUUGAAAGUUCACAUAAUUGAAUGCAUGAUCAUGAUUGGACCAUCUGAAUACUAAAACAAAAAAUGGACUAUCCAAGUCUUGUCUUAAAAUAAGUAUAAUUAAGAAAAAUAUUAAUAGCAGUAAUACACAUUUAUGACCUAUAGUAAUUAAAUUAAAUUUUCCUCAAAAUAAAGAGCUAAUUUAUCCAAAAAUGGCUUAUAAAGUCCAAGGUUAUCAUCAGUUCGAUAAGUUUUCAGAGAUAUGUUUAAGCAUCAACAUACCUUAUUUACUUUUUAGUGCAUUAUAGCUCAUGCUAGGUGUUUCAUCAUGGUGACCAAAAAAACCUUAGAUUUGAGGUACAAUGAAAUGUGGCAGGCUUGGAAUGACACUGCUGGUGAAGAUAGCAAUUAUUCAACGGAAUUGUUUAAACCUGAUUUGGUACUGUCAUGGAAACAGUUGAAUGUUACAGUUACAAAGAAGGUUCCUAAAUUAUUUGGCUUAAGUGAGGUCAUUAAUAAACAAAUUUUAAAUAAUGUCAGUGGUAAUGUUGAAUGUGGUACUCUAUUGGGAAUCAUGGGACCAAGUGGUUCAGGAAAGACUACAUUAAUGGCUACAAUAAGUCACCGGACAAAAGGGAAUUUUGAAGGAGAACUUUUAUUGAAUGGACGUCCAGUAUCUGAAGAUAUAAUGAUAAAAAUAUCUGGGUUUGUUGCUCAAGAAGAUAUAAGUUUUGACCAGUUAACUGUUCUGGAAGAACUCAAGCUAAUGGCUAGAUUAAAAAUGGAUUCUAGUUCUUCUAAAAAAGUAAUCAAAGAUCGCAUAGAUUAUCUUGUAGCUCAUUUGGGUUUAAAUAAAACACUAAAUACUAGACUAUGUUUUUUAUCUGGUGGAGAGCGGAAAAAAGUAGCUCUAGCUGUUCAACUUAUAAAUGAUCCGCCCAUUCUAUUUUGCGAUGAAGUAACUACUGGACUUGACAGUUAUGCUGCUGCACAUAUCAUAAACACUUUAAGAAGAGUUGCUCAUAGCGGAAAAAUUGUUAUAUGUACCAUACAUCAACCAGCAUCUGGUUUAUUCGAUCAAUUUCAAGAAGUUUUACUUUUAACAAAUGGACGAUUAGCAUAUCAAGGACCUGUAUCCUUAGUAAAUGAUGUUUUUAAAAAUUAUAGCUACAUUUGUCCUGCUACAUAUAAUAAAGCUGAUUUUAUUAUAUCGAUUUUGAACUCGGAUAAUGUAUUAGAUAAAAAUAAUGUAAAUAACAUGUGUGAAAUAUCGUCAACCAUUAAACAGAUGGAUAUCAAGUACAACUCAUUCAAUAAGGAUGUUCAGUCGGAAUACGAACAUCAUUUACAAACGAUGAAGCUUAGUUGGAUUCUUCAGGUUCUGCUUUUACUGUACAGAUCUACCACAUGUUUUGUUAGAAAUUACAAGCAACAUUUAUUGGAGUUUGGAACAUUAAUGUUUUUAGGUAUUAUUGUUGCUACACCUUAUGCAAACUUACAAUUUGAUACCAAAGCAGUUCAAAAUUGGGAAGGCUUUUGGUUAUGCUUGGUUAUUAACACGGUUUUUCAAUUCAAUUAUUCUGCUAUAUCCACUCAUCAAAUAAAGUUCUCAGUUGUUCAUCGAGAAGUUAGCAAUAAAGUUUACUCAUUAAGUGCAUACUAUGUAUCCGAAUUAAUUAUACUUAUUAUUUGGCUGAUGGUAAAAAUAUUGUUUUAUUGUAUUGUCAUAUUUUGGAUAGUUGGUGUUCAAUGGAUUUAUAUGCAAUUAUUGGUAUUUUUUAUAAUAGCACUUGCUUCAUUUUCAUAUGGAAGUCUGUUGUCAGCAUACUUUAGUUGUGUAGAAGAAGCUAUUGUGUUUUCAAUAGCAUAUGAGUACUUAGCACUGCCUCUCAGUGGUGCAUAUUUAUCGUUUAGAUCUUUGCCAAAAGUGCUAUUUUCCCUGAGGUACUUAUCUUUGUUUUUUCUUGGUUGUGAAACAAUAUCUACUCUAUUUUGGGAUAAAAUAAAAUCAUUACCAUGUACAGAUAUUGCUAAUUGCUUGGACAGCGGAAAAGCAGUUUUAUUGAAGUAUGGUUUUGUAAGCAAUGACAUGUAUUUUGACUUAAUGGCGUUACUUAUAUUUAGUGUUUUAGCAAAUAUAUUUGGAUAUAUAGGAAUACUUAGACGAAUGAAAAAACAACCUGCCUAUUAGCUUUUAUAUUUAAAUAAAUUUAAAAUCUUCUUUUGUGUUA